AUGAGCGGGAAGUCCCUGCUGCUGAAGGUCAUCCUCCUGGGCGACGGCGGCGUCGGGAAGAGCUCCCUCAUGAACCGCUACGUCACCAACAAGUUUGACUCACAGGCCUUCCACACCAUCGGGGUGGAGUUCCUCAACCGGGACCUGGAGGUGGACGGGCGCUUUGUGACCCUCCAGAUCUGGGACACAGCGGGGCAGGAGCGCUUCAAGAGCCUGCGGACCCCCUUCUACCGGGGGGCGGACUGCUGCCUGCUCACCUUCAGUGUCGACGACCGGCAGAGCUUUGAGAACCUGGGCCACUGGCAGAAGGAGUUCAUCUGCUACGCCAAUGUGAAGGAUCCCGACCAUUUCCCCUUCGUGGUGCUGGGCAACAAAGUGGACAAAGCAGAGAGACAGGUGAUCCCUGAGGAGGCCCAGGCCUGGUGCAUGGAGCAUGGGAACUGCCCGUACCUGGAGACGAGUGCCAAGGACGACACGAACGUGGCAGUUGCCUUCGAGGAGGCGGUGCGGCAAGUCCUGGCUGUGGAGGAGCAGCUGGAGCACUGUGUGAUGGGCCACGCCAUCGACCUGCACACCAGCUCCAAGCCAGGAAGCCCCUUGUGCUGCUGAGAGCGGCCCGGCGACGGAAGGGCACGCAGGCCUGAACCAGCCACUCGGCCCAGGCUGUGGCCGCGAAAGCAGUCAGAAGGGGCACGGGGUGGCCAUUCCCCCUCUGCAGCCGACUGAGUCGAGCACCCAGCCACACAUGGGAGGAAGGCUCCUUGUUCAUCUGGUCAAGACGGUCUCC